AUGGAAAACCGAACAGAAUGGCCAUUGAAGCAUGUACAGCCUCCUAAGGUUCCAUUUCGACAUCAAUUGUCAAAGUCCGUUGCUGAUGCACCUUCUCUCCGUGUUCAGUGGUUUUAUGCGAUAGAUCGGCCAGUCAAAAAGUCAAAAACCGGAAUUUUAGAAACAAAAAAAUCAAAGAAUUUUAAACCGUUUUCUGUCGAAGACUCUGACCGAAUUGAAGCUGCUUACCAAAACACCGAAGACUUGGAUGAUCAGUCGGACACGAUAAGGGUAAAUGAGGAUUAUUUAUAUGCUGUGAAUGUAAUUUCAAGAGAAUUGUUUCCAAUAUAUUGGGAUGGGCCUGUCUUUCGUAUUCUACGAGGAACCUGGUUCUAUACUCGAGGCGACAAAUUAUAUCCAUGCGAGGAAAAUUUGGCAUUGCAAAUUGAGGAAGGAUACUUAAACAUAUGUCCUCAUCGUGAAAAAGUAGGAGAAAAAGUAGAAGAAAAAGUUGAUAACAGUAUGUCAACUCAGGCCAAAACUUGGGCUUUACUUGGAAAAUACACUGGAGCAUUUAUUGAAUAUUCUGGAGAAAGAAGUGCAAGGAUGCAUUUUGGAGGGUUUUAUCGUAACGUAUCGACAAAGUUUUUUACCAAAAUGUCUUAUUCUGCUAAUCAUCGAAGUGAUAAACUAAUCCGAGGAUACGAUGCAUCUUCCUCCGUGACCGCGACACCAGAUAUCAAAUCUACUGCGAAUUCUACAGUAGAUGAUUUAAGCUCCUCUAGCACAUUAAUAAACGAUUCAUCUGAACCAAACGAGUUACUUUCACCUUCUCUGACCGAAUCGGCAUCAGAAAUUCCCAUUUCGACAGAUGCUGCACACAUAAAGUCUACACCUGAUCGUGAAAUUAAUCACCUUAUUUUAUGUUGCCAUGGUAUCGGCCAAAAGAUGGGCGAGCGCGUGGAAACGGUGAACUUUGUACGAGACAUUAAUGAGUUUCGGAAAACAUUAAAGAAGACAUUUAAUGCUUCGCCAGAUUUGCAAGCUUUAUAUCCUAAUUUUAAAGGUGGCGGGAAUGGGAUUCAAUGCUUACCAUUAUUAUGGCGCCAGGAUAUUCAUUUUGGCAUGGCACGUGACAGUAAAUCGGAGUUUAACGAAGAAGAUGAAUCUGACUGUUUUGAUGUUUCAAAAGAUCUUGCUCUCGAUGAUUUGAGUGAGGAUCCUAAUCCCAGCUUAGAAAGCAUUAAUAUACCAACUGUUGUGGGCUUGAGAAGCAUUAUUUCCGAUGUUUUGUUAGAUGUCUUACUAUACUGUCAACCAAAAUACAGGGAGAAAAUUUUAGUUGCUGUUGUUAAACGUCUUAACCGUCUUUAUCGACUUUACCUUAAGCAUAAUCCCACAUUUCGGGGCCAGGUUUCUUUGCUAGGUCAUUCUUUAGGUGCCUUGAUUUUAUUUGACAUAGUCCGUUUUCAAGGAAACAUAAGAUAUCCUCGGCUUCAGCUUGAUUUUCCUGUUAACAAUUUUUUUACACUUGGCAGUCCUCUUGGUCUCUUUCAGAUGUUAAACGGAAAGCGGAUUGCAGGCCCAACACCUCGCAAUGCUAUUGCGAGAAGUGUCAGCUGUUCAGAAAAUCACGCUGACUCAGCAGUUUCUGUUCUCCGCUGCAAUAAUUUUUACAAUAUAUUUCAUCCAACUGAUCCCAUUAGCUAUCGCGUUGAACCUCUUAUAGUGAAAAAGAUGACACGCUUAAAGCCUCAGAGUAUUCCGCACUUUAGACCUCAGAGUGAUGACAAUAGUUCAGGAGUUGGUCACAGACUUGCGGACGGUGCAUUGAAUGUACUAUCUGGAUUGCGUUCUGGUAUCGCAAAUACUUUGAUUUUAAAAUCCCUAAGUUAUGCAUCAGUCUUUAAUGAAGCCACCGCCAACCAAAAAGAACAGGAUGUUGGAGAAAGCAAUCAAGCAUAUCAAAUUGAUGAAAGAAUGUACCGUUUAAACAAAACGGGUCGUGUUGAUUUUAUGUUACAAGAAGGAUCCUUAGACACAUCCUAUAGUUACGUUUCUGCGAUGAACGCGCAUUCGAAUUAUUGGAAAAAUGCCGAUUUGGCCCAUUUUAUAUUAACCCAACUACUAUAA